UUGUUGCUUGUCGCUUGUGUGGUGGUGGGUUGCGUGAGUGUCAUGUUUGUGGGGUGCUGUUGAGGGGUGCUGUUGAGGGGUGGUGGGUGGUGGGUGGUUGUCGGCUGUGUGUUUGGUGAGCAUGCUUCCUUCUUGUCAACGUUCGUACGUCACUGUGCCAUAGAGUUGAGCAAACAGUGGUGUUCAAGCUGCGCACCGCCACUGUGUGACGUGUACAGCUCUGCUCUCACCGGCUGACAUGUCUUUCGUGUGUCCGUGGGAAAUUUGCGUGGGCAGACCAAGGUUGCAGCGCAGCAGCAGUGACAACUUGAAGAGCAGAGGAGGGGGCUUGCUUGAUUCAGACCUUGCCAUGGGUUGGUUUUGGGGCAACAGCGGCAGACGCCCAUACUAUGGGUUCGGCAGAUACAUGGGCCAUUUCACCCCGGAGACAGUAGACCUCAAGAAAGACCCGUUUUUCUUUGAACCGAGCGAGCACGAGUGGGUGCGGGAUGUGGAGGCCAACUGGACGGUGAUUCGCGACGAGUUGGAACAGUACUUGAACCGACACAACAACUCGCUCAUCCCCUACUUUGGCGACCACCUCAUGAGCUCCAAGAAGUGCUGGCGCGCACUGGGCCUCAAGUUCUGGAACAUCUACCACCCGGAGAUGCCCAAGGUGUUCCCGCGCACCAUGGCCAUCUUCGAGCGCAUCCCGCACAUGGUCUCCGUCUCGUUCAGUCAGAUCCAGCCCAACUCAGCCAUCAAGCCGCACUUUGGCGACACCAACGCCAACUACCGCUGCCACCUUGGCCUCGUUGUGCCCGGCACGCUGCCCGAGUGCGGGUUCAAGGUUGGCACGGAGCAGCGACCGUGGCAGGAGGGCAAGGUGCUCAUGUUCUGCGAUGCACACUUGCACACGGCGUUCAACUACACGGACAGACCACGCUUCAUUGUCAACUUUGAUGUGCUCCGCCCGGAGUUUGCCCAUAUGGAGACGCGUGUGUGCGCGACGGCGCUGGCAGCCAUCAUCACGCAGAAGGUGUGGCAGUGGCUGCCGUGGGUCAAGAGCUCCCCCAUUACCACCCGCAUCGUGUACAACCUCCUCACAUGGAUCAUGCUUGUUCCCAUUGGGACCGGUGUCGGCGCACACACCGUCUACAAGAUCCUCGCCGACGAAUAG